AUGGAGGGUUCAACGACUGCUGACAGGUUUGUCAGCGGCUUCCCUCCGCCUCCUUACUACUGGGUCGAUUGCAUGCAUUCUGCAUGCAUGCGCAAACAGGAAGACUCUUCCCAGCAAGAGCUUCCCGCUCACGGCCGAACUCCUCCCCCGCCUGCCUGUUGCUCUCAGCUGCCAGCCCGCUGGCUGCACGGCUCUGAGGCGCAGCACAACCAGCCUCAGGAGGAAGAAUCCAUGCUACAACACCAUCAGGGAGAGUUUUGUCGCCCCCCCCCGCAUUUACCCGACGAUUACUGGUCCGCCUUCGGAGUCUGUUACUCGCUUUCGCCGUCAGAGGUGACCCUGGAGGCUGACAGCUGUCUAUACACCCCAGGCGCCCCCCCGAAAUCCGAGUUCAGGCGCCUGUUUCCCCUAUAUGUGGAAGCGUGCAUGCACUACUUGAACGAGCUAGCCAUAGGAACAGAGGGGUAUUCGAAUGCGCUUCGCAAAGUCACGCGUCUGCAUCGAAACCUCCUCUACUUGCUCUUGCUGCUGCGAAAUCAGCAGGCGCAACAGCAGGUGGUGCAGCGGCUGCAGCAGCAACUGCAGAAACGGAGGCAGGCAGCUGAUGCGCUAAAGAGGGCACUCGCUUUGUCUCUCCAAGACAUGCAACACGCACUGCACCUGGCCAGCAGCGCGGAGGAGACGGCUGCAUCAUUCCACUCGCCCGCUGCUGCUGCUGCUGCUGUUGUUGCUGCUGUUGCUCUUCACGUUGCGACUGUUGGCGUCGUGUCAGCUUCUGCU